CCACAGAGCCCCAAAGACCCACAAAGAACGAUGGACGCCAGCCAUGAAAGCCUUCAGCUUCACAUUAGGAAUAACUUCUUGGUUGAAAGAGCUGUUCAAGAGUCAAGCGGAACAGGCGGGCGUGUUUGAGCUCCAGGUGCACUCCUUCACCACCACCAGCCCCUGGAGCUUGUGCCAUGGGGUCCAUCCUUGCCGCAUCUUCUUCCGCGUCUGCCUCAAGCAUGCCCAAGCCGUGGUGUCUCCAGAACCCCCUUGCACCUUUGGGGCAGCCCUGAGCGACAUUGUCCCUGCUGAUCGCAACGCUGUGGCAACCAGUGGCCCCAUCCGUGUCCCUUUCCACUUCAAGUGGCCGGGUACAUUCUCCCUCAUUAUUGAAUCUUGGAGGGCUGAAUCUGGAGAGCCAUCUACAGAGGAUGCCCAGAGGCUGAUCAGCCGCUUAGCCACCCGCCGUCGCUUGGCUGUUGGUGAGGACUGGUCGCAAGAUGUGCAACUGGGAGACCAGAGCGAGCUGCGCUACUCCUACCACGUCACCUGUGAUGAGCACUACUAUGGGGAGAGUUGCUCAGACUACUGCCGGCCACGGGAUGAUACCUUUGGACACUACACCUGUGACGAUCUGGGCAGCCGAAUCUGCUUGGCAGGGUGGCGGGGCGAAUACUGCUCCGAGCCCAUUUGUUUGCCCGGCUGCAGCAACAGCCAUGGGUUCUGCGAGAAACCCGGAGAGUGCAAAUGUCGGAUCGGUUGGCAAGGGCACUUCUGCGACGAAUGCGUUCGCUAUCCAGGUUGCCUCCAUGGCAUAUGUGCGCAGCCAUGGCAAUGCAACUGCCAGGAAGGCUGGGGAGGGCUCUUCUGCAACCAGGACCUCAACUACUGCACCAACCAUCGUCCCUGCAAGAACGGUGCCACCUGCACCAACACCGGACAAGGGAGCUACACCUGCAGCUGCCGGGCCGGGUUUGCGGGGAUGAGCUGCGAGAUGGAGACCAAUGAAUGCGACAGCAACCCUUGCAAGAACGGAGGCAGCUGCAAUGAUUUGGAGAAUGACUACAGAUGCGCCUGUCCGCAAGGUUUCUACGGCAAGAACUGUGAGAUCAGCGCCAUGACUUGUGCAGACGGUCCAUGCUUCAACGGCGGGACAUGCCUUGAGAAGCGCAUGGGGGGCUACACUUGCCACUGCCCAAUAAACUACCAUGGGUCCAACUGUGAGAAGAAGAUUGACCGGUGUAGUAGCAACCCCUGCUUGAACAGUGGCCACUGUCUGGACCUGGGCCGCAGCGUAAUCUGCAAAUGCCGCCCGGGCUUUGUCGGCACUCGCUGCGAGUUGAACAUCGACGACUGUGCAGGCAACCCAUGUGCCAACGGUGGCACCUGCAUCGAUGGUCCCAACAGCUACACCUGUUCUUGCACUCUGGGCUACGGCGGGAAGGACUGCAGCAUCCGCAUGGAUGCCUGUGGCUCCAGCCCCUGCUUGAACAGCGGCACUUGCUAUACCCACUUCUCCGGCCAUGUCUGCGAGUGUUCAGUGGGCUACAUGGGCUCCAGCUGUGAGUUCAAGGUCCAGGUCCCGACCCCCGUGAGCAGCCAGCGCAUGGCUGACAGCCCUUUCCCCGUCGCUCUGGCUGUCUCCUUUGCCCUGGGGCUCAUGACCCUGGUGCUCGCUGCCUGUGCCGCCAUGGCUGUGCUUCGGCACAUGAGGCAGGGCCACAAGGCAGUCAAAAGCAGCGUCUGCAACGACCUGGCUACCAUCAAUAACUUCAAGGAGAGGGAUGGCUUCCUCAUCUCCCCGGGUUGCUUUAAGGUGUCUAACAGGGAAGCCAGAUUCAACGGUGACCAGUUCAACUGCAAGAGGAAGCUGCUGGAUCAGAGCCGUGAGUCUGUCUGCAAGAAGCUGGAGAAUAAAAAAUCUGAGCCCGUCCGGUCCAUUGCUCCCGCUGGAUACCCAAAAGAAGGCUCCUAUCACCCCAUCUACAUCAUCCCAGACCAGAUGGAGCAGUGUAUUUAUGCAACUGAGGUCUGAAGAAGAGUCUUCCUCCAAAGCCUUGGAAUCUGACACCUGUAUUUUAUUUUAUUUUUUAAUUUUUCUUCCAAAUUUCUCAGCUAAAGGAAUGUUUACAGAGCGCACCGAAUCGACUCCUGGAGCAGCCAAUGUCUUUACCCUGAUUUAACGUUUGAUCCAUAUAGUAUUAUAUUUUAAAAAAAGACUCCUUUUUUAAUAAGGAGAAAUAUUUAAUAUUUAUUCUUGCUGCUAUAUAUAUAUAUAUAUAUAUAUUAAAUUUUUAUUUUUGCAAGGAGAGCAACAGACUGACUCAAAAAAGAUCUUAGGAACGGAGCCGGCUAAUGGAGCGGAAAGUCAGAACUGGGUUCGGAGAGCUUUAUUUUGGGCUUUCCUUCAGAUGGAAGAAGAAAGGCUAGUUUGCGGUGUAGAAAAAGGGGAAAAGCUGAAAGGCUGCGCCAGGAUUGUCUGGUUUCUAGAAAAGGCAGGUCCUUUUCCUACACAAGUGCCAGGGAUGAACUCUUUUUUUACAUGCUGUUUUUAAAGACCUCUUUUUUAAAAGAACAAAACUAUUGACUCUUUUGGGGAGGCUCUUCAGUUCACUGCAUUUCUUCCUUCACGCUUUGAAGGGAAGACACUCCAGCCUUUCUUUCGGUCGGUGUAAAGUUGUAAAAAAAGAUAAUACAGACCUCCACAAUAGGAAAUUAAAAUGUAUUGAAUUUUAUUUCCGUCCUGAUGUUUGAUCCCAAGAGACCCACAAGGCAGCUUAUGGCAAAAUUAAAUAAGUAAAACCCAGCUCACGUUCACUGUCAAAUCAUAUGGGUUGUAAAGAAACAACCAGGAGACGAAAUGUAAGAUGUGCCUUCUUCGAUUGUUAAAGGUGUUUUUUUCCAAGGUGUAGUCAUUCUGCUUUUUCACCAUGAUGGGACGGCAUUUAUACACAACCUGUUGUCGUUAUUGCUGUUGUUAUUGUUGUUGUGUGACUUCAAGUCAUUUCUGACUGUAACCUAUUGGUCUGCUCCAAAGGUCGGGUGCAACAUAUAAAGAUAUUGCAAACAGCUCAGGUUUGGCCCUAACCUAACAUUCUUGGAUAGAUCAGUCUUUUAAAAACACAUCACAAUCAAACAGACCUUAAUAUGGUUUAUACAACAACUUGGGUUAACUUUGUAGGCACCUCACAAUUUUUAAAACACACUUUGAGAGACUGGCUUAAGUUCUUUGGUUGCAUACAAAACAGUGAUUUGGUGCUUCAGAUAGUAGCGAAAGUCUACCUUUAAAAAUCAUGGUGAGUAUUUUAAUGCCAGGAAGGAAGGAAGCCUGGCUGGCUUUCAGGGACUGAAACUAAAUCAUCUCAUAUUUCCAGUCAUGGCAUCCCUUUCCGUUUAAUUAUAGAUUGUAAAAAUACAAGACUGGAACUUGCAGCCCUGGAUCCUAACACUAAGAGAAAUAUUACAAGGUGGGCAAACCGUUCUUGUUACUUUAAAAUUGUGUUUAAUGCAGGCACUCCAUUUUUAAAAAGCAAGAAAUAAAUAAUGCAAUGAAUUAUUGUAUGCAAAGAAUCCCAACCCUGCUGGAGAUAACUUUAUAUUCGUAUUUAUGUUGUAUAUGCUGUAUAUUUAUAAGUAUCAUGUUUAUCUAUCUCCCCCAACCUCUGUAACUUUUCUCUGUCUCUCUUUUUUUUUUAAUGUAUGGUCCUUUCUCUGAAAAAGAAAGUUAUAUAAAAUAUCUAUUUUGC